UGGCGGUUGCCAGGAUCCCGCGUUGCCGCUUGAGACCAGUAAUAUGGCGGGGAGGAGAAGGAGAAGGCGGCGGCGGACCGAGCUGCGCUCUGUCAGUACCAAUUGAGCCGUUUCCUUCCUGACGAGGCCCGUGGCGAAGGGGAAAAAAAAAAAAAAAAGCUGACGGGGCCGUGGGAGAUCAGUGCCUACUGUGUGCUGACCCUGUUCUACGUAAUGGGGAUUCAGUGGUGAGCAAGACUGAAAAGGUACCUGUGCGUAUGGAGCUUCCGUUUUGGUGGAGGAAGACAGACAAAACCCAAGGAAAUAAACCAGAUAAUUUCAGAUAGUGAUAAAACCUGUUGAGGAGAAUACAAUUUCUAGUUUAUCAUCUGAAUGUAAUUGGGGGAAGAUGGAGGAGUAUGAGAAGUUCUGUGAGAAUAGCCUUGCCAGAGUCCAAGAGGAAUCACUAGCCACAGAGAGCUUUCUACCUGCCCAGCCUGAAUGCAUCUCUCUCAUCCGCUUCCAUGGGGUGGCCGUGCUUUCUCCACUGCUUAACAUUGAGAAAAGAAAGGAAAUGCAACAAGAAAAGCAGAAAGCACUUGAUGUAGAAACAAGAAAGCGUGUUAAUAAGAAGAAAGAUUUAUUGACUCGUGUCCAGGAGAUUCUUGAAAAUGUUCAGGUUAGGAAGGCACCUAAUGCCAGUGAUUUUGAUCCAUGGGAGACUAAAACAGUUUACUCUAAUUCAGAAGAGAGAAAUCUGAAUGUCCCUGCUACGUUUCCAAAUAUCUUGCCAAGCCCUACUGAACACUCUACUUUAGGAAAGUUUGAAAAGAUAACUGGAAUUUUGCCAUUGAAUAAUGAGGACCAAUUUAAAUCUAAUGGGAUAGACUUAGCUAGGGACUCUGAAGAAUCUAAUUCUCUGAAGCAGUGUGAUAGUUCAGAUAUUAGCCCUGUGGAAAAUGAAGCUUCUGUAAAGACCCCUGCAGCAACCCCACAAGAGACUUUUACGUCUGAUGGUCCCUUGCCAACAAAUGAAGAACCAGAUCCAUCACUUUCAGAAGUUACUCCAGAUCCCUACAUAAUGAGUCUUCAGAACCUGAUGAAAAAGUCAAAGGAAUAUAUAGAAAGAGAACAAUCUAGACGCAGUCUGAGAGGUAGCGCAAAGAGGAGUAUUAACGAGAGUCAUUCAGAUAAAGAAAAUGAUGCUGGUAAAGUGACUGAGCAUGGAAAGGAGAAAGCACAGUUGACUGGCAAGCACUGUUCAGUUAUUCCUGACAAACCAAGCCUUAAUAAAUCAAAUGUUCUUCUCCAAGGUGCUUCCACUCAAGCAAGCAGCAUGAAUACAUCAGUUUUAGGUAGCUUUUCUACAGUGGAAAUACCUGUACGAACUGGCCAUCACGCUAUUUUAGAUCCUGAUUCAGAUUUUAAAGUCAUUCCCACUUUUGUUACCGAAAAUAAUGUUAUCAAAAGUCUUACUGGUUCAUAUGCCAAAUUACCUACUCCAGAGCCAAGCCUGAGUCCUAAAAUGCACCGAAGGCAUUCUAGGCCAUCAUCAGCAUGUCAUAUACUUAUAAAUAACCCAAUAAAUGCCUGCGAGUUAAGUCCUAAAGGAAAAGAACAGAGAGUAGACUUCGUUGUUCAGGAUACUGAUGAAAAAACACAAAUACCUGAAACUGUGCCAAAGUUACCAAUUGAUUUAGCAGGAGUUUGUUCAAGCAAGGUUUAUGUCACCAAAAAUACAUCUGAAGCCAUACAGGAAGUGGUUUUAGGUAAAUCAAAUCAGGUUCGUCAGUCUUCAGAAAAUCAACUAGAAAAUAAGGUUAUUCAUGGACUUGAUGUCACUGGAGGUCAGUUAACAUGUGAUGAGAGAGGACCACACAAAAUGGACAGUACGUGUACUGCAAUGCCAAGAUUGCAUGAGCCGUAUGCCACCAGUCAGUGUAUAGUGAGUCAAAACUUUGGAUCUGUGAAUGGAUUCAAGUCAGCCAGUGUGUUAGAGAAAAACUCCUGCAGUUUACAGAUGGAACUGAAUAAGUCUUACGAUGUAAAAAACCCAUCUCCUUUACUGAUGCAAAACCAGAAUACCAGACAGCAGAUGGACACCCCUACACUGUCCUGUGGAAAUCAACAAUUUUUGGAUAAUAGUUUUGAGAAAGUUAAACGGAGGCUUGAUUUAGAUAUUGAUAGUUUGCAAAAAGAAAACUGCCCUUUCGUCUUAACAACUGGAAUAGCUGAACAGGAAAGGCAACAUUUGCCGGAAAAAAGAUACCCUAAGGGAUCUGUCUACACGAACAAGAAUAAAAUGUUAGAAAGUAGUUCCAAAGAAGGUGAGGAGAUCUUAAAAAGUAAGAUGCUAGCUUUUGAAGAAAUGCGGAAGAGACUAGAAGAACAGCACGCCCAGCAGUUAUCACUACUCAUAGCUGAGCAGGAAAGGGAACAGGAAAGAUUGCAAAAGGAAAUAGAAGAACAGGAGAAAAUGUUGAAAGAGAAGAACGUGAUUGCAGCGGAAGCCUCUGAGUUGGGCAUUCACAGUGCAGUGGACUUAGAAUGGAGGAAAGCGAGGGACUCUGGCUUGCUGGAAACAGUGCUGUCUCAGGUGGAUGCCCUGCAUACUUCAAACUCAAAUAGUUCUGGUUUCACGAACUCUGCCCUGCAGCAUAGCUUUGGGUCUGCAAAUGAAGCACCCUUCUACCUCUGGGGAUCGUCACCUAGUGGCUUCACCAAACUCUCAGUAACAAGGCCUUUUGGAAGGGCCAAAACCAAAUGGUCUCAGGUUUUCAGUCCAGAAGUACAGACAAAAUUUAACAAAGUAACUGCUGUGGCAAAAGGAUUUCUUACUCGGAGGCUUAUGCAGACAGAUAAACUGAAACAACUUCGCCAAACUGUAAAAGACACUAUGGAAUUCAUAAGAAGCUUUCAGUCAGAGGCACCACUAAAGAGAGGAGUUGUCUCAGCGCAAGAUGCUUCUCUUCAGGAAAGAGUGUUAGCUCAGUUGCGAGCUGCGCUGUACGGUAUUCAUGACAUAUUCUUUGUAAUGGAUGCAGCUGAAAGAAUGUCUAUUCUCCAUCAUGACCGAGAAGUUCGCAAAGAGAAAAUGCUCAGGCAAAUGGACAGAAUGAAAAGUCCACGAGUGGCCCUGUCAGCUGCAACACAAAAGUCCCUUGACAGGAAGAAGUACAUGAAAGCUGCUGAAAUGGGAAUGCCAAAUAAGAAAUUUCUGGUUAAACAAAAUCUUUCUGAAGGAAGAGUCCUUCAGCCAAACCAAGGACAGAAUGCACCAGUUCAUAGGCUACUUAGUAGACAAGGAACCCCUAAGACCUCAGUGAAGGGGGUUGUGCAAAAUAGACAGAAGUCUUCACAGAGCAGAGUGCCUAACAGAGCGCCUGUUUCAGGAGUAUAUGCAGGAAAAACCCAAAGAAAGCGGCCAAAUGUUGCGACAAUUUAAGAAGACAGCAUUCGUUAGGAUAACCAAGGGGUGGGGUGGGAGGUCCUGUGCAUACAGUUUUCCCUGCCCAGGACUUUUAUUUAAGCCUGGACUGUUUACACAGGCAAAGUGACAUCAAAGGGCUGAGCAGUUAUCUGGGUAACUUGAUCAGUCUGGCUAAUUCCUUCCCUCCACCCUCAUUUUCCUCUUAAUGUUAGGUUUCGGUGAAGACACAUUAGUAUUUAGUAAUUGACCAUCUCUUUUGCUUAACCUGUACAAACGUAAGUUUGUUUUCUGUACCCAGAUGUCUGCUGAGAAUGUUUUUCUAAACUUAAAGGGCAUUUGGGUUUAUUUCUAUAAAAUGUCAAAAAGGUGUGAUAAAUUACAAAUUAAGUUCUCAAAUACAAAUUUCAUUCAUCUCUGCAUACUGAUUGGUAAAUUUGAUAAACAAAUUAGAUACUGUUUUAUUUGAGGGGAAAUUACUGAAGAAUGUUUUUCUCCUGGUUCUGUAACUUUAAAAACUGAUUCAUCUCUCAGUCUUCAUAUUCUUGGAUUUACGGGAUGACCCACAGGAGAAAACCCUUGCCUGCUGAGAGUGGUCCAUCGCACAUUUACCACAGCAGUGGCUGGGGGCCACCGAUUUGGUCAAAAAUGUACAUUCCUCUUAACAGCUAGUUGUCUUGUGCAGAAACGUUAGGUUUAAUGUAUGUUACUCCAGUACUCUUGGAAACACUUCUCCUAAAUUGUAAAAUCUCUUUAUGGAGGGGAGAUAGCACAAUCUUCUGGAAUGUAGUAGCACCUUGGAGUGAAUCAGUGCAUCCAUUUUUGUAAAAUAGAGUAAUGCUGCCUGUGCUUCUGUUUCCUUGGUGGUCUGUGCAUUUUCUUUCUUCAUGGUCUGCUCUUUCCAGCUGGCUUGACUUAGGAGAGACUAAAGGACUAUGUAACCAACAGCAAGUUCAGAUCUGCAAAUGGAACAGGACUAUUGUCAACUGAAGUUACGCACUGUUGUUUAAGGUUUUCAUCACUAACGUAGUCAUUUAAAAUAUAAACCAAAAAAUGUUACAAAGGGAACAUGAUUUUAUGAAAGUGAAUGCCACUGUUAAUUUAUCAUGCCAUUUCCAAAAAGGGCUUUGUGCUUCUCACAUAAAAUCGGGACUAUGUACAUUUACUUUUUCUAACUUGAAUUUUAAAAUGAUACUGGCAUUUUGAAAAUGCAGACUAUAUAUAUUCUUAAUAUCCUUUGAAGAAGGUGGUGAUAAAGAUUGUUUUCUCAAAUUUUUGGUCCUCUUUAAAAUUUAGCUAUUACAUCCAGCUGUAGACCAUAAUAAUCUACCCAGGGUGUAAACUUGAUUUUCUUUAUUGAGAUGUAUCAUUUAUUGAGUGAGCCAGGAAAUCAGAAGAUGGUCAAAAAUGUCUGAGUUACUGACAUUUUCUUUAUAAAGUAUAGCAAAAUAUCUUAAUAUGAUAAAUUGUGCUUUAUCAUUCUGAAAUCUCAGGAUACAGCUUACUCAUAUUAUUGUGGGUCCUUCCAGAAAGAUACUUACAAAUUUUGUGUGCACUAAUGCAAAUUA